AAUCCCCCCCUAUCCCUCAAAGCUUCCAUGGAGAAGGUGUCAGACACGAGCAUCGAGGCUCUCAUCCGACGGCUUAGGCUCCACCAGGCGCCUCCCUCCCCUUACUCCGGCGAUCCCUCAACAGCGGCGACCCCCGCCGCAGCCAACCUGUUUCAGCCGCGGAGAGCCGCCGUGCUGGUCUGCCUCUUCCACGACGCUGCCGGCGAGCUCCGUGUCCUCCUCACCAAGCGCGCUUCCUCACUCUCCACCCACUCCGGGGAGGUUGCAUUGCCCGGAGGAAAGGCAGAGGAGGGUGAUGCUGAUGAUGCAGCAACGGCAUUAAGGGAGGCAAAGGAGGAGAUUGGGCUUGAUCCAACCUUGGUCACUGUCGUCUCCUCGCUUGAGCACUUCUUGUCCAAGCAUCUUCUGGUAGUUGUUCCUGUUGUUGGCAUACUCUCAGAUAUACAGGCUUUCAAACCUGUCCUUGAUGUUGAUGAGGUGGACGACAUUUUUGAUGUACCCCUAGAGAUGUUCCUCAAGGAUGAGCGCAGGAGAUCCGAGGAGCGAGAAUGGAUGGGGCAGGCGUUCACACUUCACCACUUUGAUUAUGAGAAAGGCGACAAGACGUAUGUAAUCUGGGGUCUGACUGCCGGCAUCUUGAUUCAUGCGGCUUCAGUUGUAUACCAGCGGCCACCAGACUUUGCGGAGCGAAGAGUACAAUUCAACCUGCCGAAGUGCUCAAAGGAGCCUUCUCCAAUGCCAUGAUCAGGAUUAGGAUGCAUGCUCAGUUACGUACCUGAUUCAGCCUACAGAAGACUACAUACACCACAAAUGGUAUAGAAUUUAAAAGGUUUCCAAAUCAUGUGCUGUUCUUCGAUGCGCCACGUCCCCGCGAUUUAUGUGAAGCGCGACGCUCUGGUGGUUCAGCAACGACGAUGAUCAUGGAGGCCGUGCCACAUCAAGCAACGGAUUACGGCGCAUUUGAUGGUGUGCAGCUUGCCACACACAGCGACUAAAUAUUGAACGUUCGACAAACAUAUUUCUUGACUAUUCUUUGCAUAAUAGUCCAGUAUAAGAACAUUAAACAUUCAGAAAAUCGUUUGGUGAUAGCCUGAGUACACUCCAAUCAUUGCUCCGCUGCUUCUGUACUAUGGUUGCCCCUUUGUUGCACGUUAUUAUUUCCCCUGUCUUUUGCUCACCAAUCUGAAAAUGGUGAGGCUAAGAGCACAAUUUUUGCCUACUAUUUUGUCACUGCAACAGAGAUUCCCAAA